UCGAGAAAAAUCUCUAUGAUAUUGACCAGGAUUUUUUUCUCUAACUUUCUAGAGUUGAUUCUAAAUAUAACACUUUAAUUUACAUCAACACAUAUUGGUUCCAUAUGGAGAUUUGGAAACUAUCAGCAUUAAUGCUUACCAUUCUCAUGUACAGCGUCCAAAGUUUGUCUUUUACUCACUGGAUUUCAGAUAACUGGGGGAAUGAUCCGAUGGACGAGGGACUCGCCAGUCAAGCGGAGGCUCUGCUCAAGAGAUCCAGAUCUCAUCAGUUCUACGGGCUAAUGGGAAAACGCUCCGAGAUCCUUCAGCCUGUGAGAAUUGAUCGCAAAAGGAAUAAGGGCGAUAUGUUUGUGGGACUCAUGGGCAGGAGAUCUUUAGCAGGUCCGGUCAGAAAAGCCUUUUCAGAGACCAGCACAGCGACGGACAAUCCUGUAGAUCUGAACAAACGAUCAGAUCUGCAAGAGGAAUGGGACAAACUGCAGUACUACUGAUGAUGAAUAACAGAUCAAUGUGUUGUUAACGUUGUAUUAAAGAUUUCUGUGGUGAUCAUCAUUAACCCCCUGUGUGUCAAAAUACAGUUAUUAUAACUUGCACAAACUGUUAUUUUUAAUAACAGUUUGUAAAUGUGUCUUGCAACUUGAAAUAAAUCUUUCAACACAAGAAACCACAAACA